GGAAAGAGACCCUUUGAAGAGUUUCGGCUUCGAAGCUCUGAUGUUUGUUGUGCAGGAUUUGUCAUAUCUUCAUUGUCCUCUGUUUCUUCAGGUUCUGUGGAAGCUGACUUCUUCAUUGUAAUUAGCUGGUAGUUUGGACAAAGCAACGUGUCUUGUUCAGGCAGGAGCGGAACCCCGAGCCUGCAAUGGAUUUCCUGCUCGCAGCAAGCUCUAGCAGUACAUAAACACCAACAUCGAGACAUAAGUAUCAGAAACUAAUCACAUCAUGUAUAUUUUCGGACAGCUCCAUUGUGCUCUGGUCAUGAGGCAUAUCUUCUUUACCUUCCCCAACCAUGCUUUUCCACUAAACAAACAGUUAGAUCUAAAUUUUUUGGGUAUAGUUUGUAAAUCUGCUCUAACGGUGAGAGUAAAACUAGAAUUUACAUAGAACGCUAUGAUGUUAAGCUAUUGCGCUUUGCGGUUAAAAAUGGUGGGCCAAAUGGUAAAUAGCCCAAUAAACGAAAUACCCAAAUGAACCCUCUCGUUAGUGGGCCACUAUUCUUUUUCAAGGCCCAUUAAAGAGUAUGCCGCCAUUUGUCUAUCUUAAAUGCCUAUAUUAACCUCACCUCCUCCUGAAUCGUCAGCGUUUGGAUUCAAAAAUUACCAAAAUGUCCUCGCCGGAUCGUUCCGCCGUCUUCCCCCUCCUGAUCGACAUCGCUCUAUCCUUCGACGGAGCCAUCCUCGGAGUAACCCUAGCCUUAGGCGCCGUCCGCGCUGCUUUCAAGUACGCCUCCACCUCCGCCGCGUUGAAUAAGAUCAAAGACGCCCCCGAAGUCUCCGUCUCCGAUCUCCGAUCGCUGAUUCCGGCGUAUGAUGACCAAUCCGAGACGAGCGAUGACCAGGAGCGUAUCGUGGUGGUUCGAGGAACGGUCAAAGCUAAGGUUACAGGAGGUGAAGGGAGUAACAAGAAGAAGAACAACAACAACGUGUUGACCUCUCAGGAGACGGGAGAUAAAGCUCUUAUCAUUCAUAGAUCUCAAACUUAUGUGUAUAGUGGAUGGAAGACUUUGUUUCAGUUGACAAAUGGUCACCGGUUUCUUCUGGAAAGAUCUUUGCCCAAACAAGGAGCUGACUUCAUGAGAAUGGUCCCCUUUGUUAUAGUGGACAACACUCAACCGUCGCAGUCUAGCUUUCUUGUUGUUAACAUGGAUGGUGCAAGGCAGCCUCUCCCGCUUACAACUGUGUAUAAUCGUUUGCAGCCUAUCAAUUCAUCUCCCUAUGCGUUUCUUCAAGCCUUGUUCUUCCCUGAGUAUCCUGUUGGUCUGAUUGAUGUAGAGAAGAUAUUACCACCUGGGAGAGACUUAACGGCUGUUGGCAUCUGUAGUUUUAACAACGGAGUUCCUGAAAUCAAAUCCUGCCAAGAUCUUCCUUACUUCUUAUCAGAUAUGACUAAGGACAAGAUGAUAUUAGACCUCGCGGAGACUACCAGUGUAAUAUUCUGGGGCGGUAUUAUCAUGGGAUGUUUGUCUGCUGGCAUCCUUGGCUUUGCUGCUGCCAGGGCCUGGAAUAGAUGGAAACAACGGCACCGUGAAAGGGAACAGCAACAGAGACCAGUCGAGCAGAGACCAGCGCAACCAGUGGUUGCUGAUGAGACUGAAGAUGAAGAUGAGAUUCCAGAUGGAGCACUGUGUGUGAUCUGUGUGACACGAAGGAGAGUUCCUGCAUUCAUUCCCUGUGGACAUGUAGUAUGCUGCAGACAAUGCGCCUCAACCGUGGAGCGUGAGGUUAACCCUAAGUGCCCUGUUUGUCUCCAGAGCAUUAGAGGAUCUAUGCGCGUGUAUUACUCAUGAUGAAAUGUGUUAAUCUUGUCUCACUUGUGUAUUGAUAAGGUAAUGCUACUUGUAAACUUAAAGAGAAUCCGAAAAUGUUAUAACUAACAAAAUAGUUUGAUGACAAAUGAUAUGAAAGUUACUUCAAUA